AUUUUGGUGUUUACUGCCAAACGUUAGGUUGGUAAUACAUACAUUUAAUCUAUGGUUUGUCAUCUUCGAGCGGAUUUGUAUUGACAAAAAUCUGCAGUCGAUUUUCCCAAUAAUGCGGUCAAAUAUCCUUAUAUUCGCUUGAUAUUUUUCAUAAUUCUGAAGCUUUAUUGAGACUUUUAUGUGCUUGCCUUACUGUUUGGGAGGAACGAAAUGGAACCGAAAAGGAAGCUAUCUACCCAGGGAGAUUCCCUCUACCAAACCUUAGCAUUACCUAAGACUGCCACUAGCGAUGAAAUUAAGAAGACUUACAGGAGGCUUGCCUUGAAAUACCAUCCUGACAAGAACCCGAAUAAUCCAGAAGCUACAGAAAAAUUCAAAGACGUUAAUCAUGCCCAUUCUAUACUCAGUGAUCCAACGAAAAGGAGCAUUUAUGACAAUUACGGUUCAUUAGGGUUAUAUAUAGCGGAACGGUUUGGAGAAGAGAAUGUCAAUACUUACUUUGUGGUAACAUCUACAUGGUGUAAGGCACUAUUUGUCUUCUGCGGCAUUGCCACCUGCUGCUAUUGCUGUUGCUGCCUGUGCUGUUGUUGCAACUUCUGCUGCGGAAAGUGUAGACCCCAGUCCCCGGAGGAGACUGGCGACUAUCAUACCUUGAACCGGGAUCAGGGACCUAGUCAGCAACCGAUAGUUAGUCAACCAGGAAAGGGGGACGACCAUUCGGACGCUGAGGCAGGAUCACCCAGAGGUUCUCCGAUUACGUCUCAGCCUUCUCCUAAGAAGGGUCCAAGCGUUCCGGUCUACGCCAUGCCACCGCCUAACUACAAUGAAAGUCAAUCGCUCAACCAGGGUGAUGUGCCAGUCUACACUCCAGGAAUGAGCUCAGCAUGUCCUCCUAAUCAGCAGCAGUGGUGAGAGAGAAUUAAUGCCGGAGUGUAGUGAGGAAAGCAUAAGGCGUUUUAUCGCAACCACACCACAUCAGCCUAGAUCUAUAUUCAAAUUUCAGAUUAUCGAAACGUAAGUUAAGUGUAAACGAUCGUUAAAAAUUUUUGAAUAAUUGAAAAAUUCAUAACCACCAAAUAAUGUCCCAUUUGUUCUAUUUCUCAGUAUUUGUGUUAUUUGAAAUUCUCUUCCUUAGUUCAUAAUUCAUAAAUUUUUUACGGUUCUAAAGAUGCUUAUUAUGCAGAUUUUUUCCCAGUUAACUUUGAUACUAGGCAAAUUGGAAAUCAACAAUUUUUUGCAUCUUGCUGUGUUAUUGGAAGUUGUUGAUUUGAUGUAUACAAUAAACUUUUUUGGCAGUUAUUCAUUUCAAAAGCAGAUUUUUUUAUUGAACACUUUUACCAUUGCUUAAAGAAACAACUAAUCAAGUUGUUGUCAAUCUUUGAAUCUGCUUUUGGAAAUAUUUCAAGAUUCAUUGUUGAGAUAUUUCCAUUCCGAUUAAUAAAGUAAUUCAAGCCAGUGAAAAAAGGGUUGGUUCUAUGUAGAAGACAACUGAAUGUACUUUGAGUAGUGCCAUUUUUAUUAUUUUGGCUGAUGAUUAUGUGAUAAAAUUCAUUGUUGGUGCAAGAAAGGAGUUCUUUGUAAUGUUGUUUUUAAUUGAACUCAAAUUACACUCAAGGAAUUCUAAUCUUCAUUUUUUUAAUUGUAAAUUAUUAUUUUAUUUUUUUUUUGUUUCUCAAUUUGAUUGGUUAGUUGAGGAAAACCAACUAGUGGCUCAUAAAUGUAUCUCUUUUUUAAUCAAUACUGUUUGAAUUAAUUUUCUUAAUGGGACACUUAUGUAUAAUAUUUGGACACACAAGUUGUCAAUUUUGGAGAGGUUUCUAUCGAUGGAUUGCUAUUAAAAACCUUUUUUAAAUUUAUAUGCUCAUUUUAUAAAUUGCACAAACUGAUCCUACAUCAAUUUUUCUGUCAAAUUCAAUUGCAUUAUUCCACCUGUGCCUUUCACAAAAUGAGCAUUAUUCCAUCUUCCGAGUACUCUGUGAAUGGAAACUUCUUCAAUUUGAAUAAAAUCAAUAUGUAACGUUUAUUAGAUGUUGAGUCAUAUUAUUAUUAUAUAUUAAAAUUAGCUUAGGUAUGUAAUUACUAGAGCUAUAUCUGUGUAUAUUAUGAAUAAAUUAACGAGACACUA